AUGGGCGUCGAGCAGAGAGAGAGAGAUUUGACGAAGAAGGAGCGCGGGAACAGCAAUAGCAGCAGUCGGAUGGACAUGGGGAGGGCGAUGGCCCCAGUUUGGCUGAUGAAGUGCCCGGUGGUCGUCGCCAAGUUAUUUAAGUUGGAAGCUUUGGUGCAGCAUGAAAUACAAGAUCUCGAAGGAGUUUCAAUCAGAGAUCUGGAUUGCGCAGCCAAGAUUCCAUAUUGUUCAUUAUCAGAUUCAAGCCUUGGUCGGAGAGAGACCAUAAAGAAAAGAACUUCCGAAGGAGAAAGUGGUUCUGCUGCCAUGGGGAAGCUCGACACCAAGCACCGAUUCCUCCACUCUACUCAGGCCGUCCUCGACCUCUGUGUCGCCCCCGACGGUUGGAUGCAAGUCGCUGUGCAGCGCGUGCCCGUUGGUAGCCUCGUGGUCGGCGUGGACCUAGUCCCCAUCGCCCUGGUCCGCGGCGUCUUCUCCAUCCAGCAGGACAUCACCAAGCCUGAGUGCACGGCCAGGCUCAGAAAGCUGAUAAAGGAGAAUGGGUGUUCGGCUUUCGAUUUGAUGCUUCAUGAUGGGUUGCCUAAUGAUAAGCCGCACACCCCGAUAAAGCAGGAUGAAAAUAAAUGA